GAUAGAGAGCUGAGCCUCACACACAAUCAGCGCAGCUUCUCAAUGGGGAGACGGAGCCAAGAGGAGACAGAACUGUUGGUCCGCUGGAGUGGAUCUCUGUCCGCGUGUGAGAAGUGACGAGUCAAAAUAACUCCCCAACAUCACGACCAGGGCUUCACCCUAACAGGAGUAAGAACCGAGAGAGGAUAGGAAGGAGUCAGAAAGCAAAGGAAAGGCUGUCUGCAGCGAUAUAAAAGUGGCAUGAGCAGCUUUCUGUCCGGUGCGUGUAGAUCCAGGUUAGUUUGUGCCAGCGUGCUGUAGCUGUGAGCUGAAAGGUUUUCCGGAGACCGCACUCCCAGGAUUUCAGACGGACUGAAAGAGUCGAGGGGAGCCGAAGGAGUUUCCAAAAACAACAGUUUCUCACACAGGUACCUUGCAUUCGCUGUGCUCAUUUACACCUGGAACUUUGUUGGGCGUCCCUGGCCACACAGACUAUGGAUGGAUUUAAGACAGCUGUGUAAGUCUGUUGGACAGACGGUGAUUCUGACAGGAGGGAUCCCUUUCUUCUGACCAGACAGACCCCUCAGUCUCCCUGCCAUGUCCUGGUUCCUGGGCCUGUGGAUUAGCCUGGGCGUUCUGCUGCUGUGCCAGGGCACAUUGUAUGAGACUAUCCAGCAGCACCACGUUCCCCGACCCGGACGCAACGCCAUCCAGAUUCUGGAAGGAGGGACAUGUGAGGUGAUCGCUGCCCACCGGUGCUGUAAUAAGAACCGUAUUGAGGAGCGCUCCCAGACCGUCAAGUGCUCCUGUCUACCGGGAAAGGUGGCCGGGACGACGCGUAACAAACCCUCAUGUGUGGAUGCGUCCAUUGUCAUUGGGAAGUGGUGGUGUGAGAUGGAGCCAUGUCUGGAGGGAGAGGAGUGUAAGACUCUGCCUGAUAACUCUGGAUGGAUGUGCUCCUCUGGGAACAAGAUCAAGACCACAAGGAACACUGCGCCAUACUCCACUUUUUAGCUCUGGAAGCAAAAUGCAGAGGAUGCUUCAACAGAAACUGAGCUGCAUUCUUGCUUCUGUAAAGAUUCAUCCCAGGACCUAACAAAGAGAUCCUUCACAGGCUCCCAGCUAGGGUCCCCUCCCUCUGAACGGACUAAAACUAUUACAUCGACGGAGACUGACUGGAUUACCUGUGACCGCAAAAAGGAUAUCCUCCCAGAUAAAACAGCUUUGCUCGCGUGGUGCCAAGGAUUUUCGACCAGACUAAUCCCCUUUUUGAUCAAUGAGCCUUACGUCAGUGACUCUCCACCACAACAACCAUGGCCAAUUUCCUACAUGCUCUUUUUUUUCCCCCCUCCCCUUCAAAAUUAAACAGCUUAGUGGGGGUUAUUUAGAGGUUGUAAAAACGUUAUUUGAAGACACUAACGCUUCCCCGAAGGUAAACUGGAUGAUCCACAGUGAGUCGCCUUGUCACUCAGUGCCACAGGGGAUCUCCAGAGAUCAGUGACAUGUUGGAGGAACAUUAUGUGGGGAUCGGUUUGACCAUUUUCAUCAUAUUUGUCGCCGGCUUUCAUCUUAGAAGCAACAUCUCAGCAUGCCAGCUUUGCCGUGACUGUGCAGGGCCUAGGCAGUGACCCUGACCUGUUCACUCUGCCUAUGCAACGGAACACCCCCAUGGACACAAACGUGGCACUGAGUAAACAGACACCUUUAGAGGUCAACCCCGGGGCCCACAGUCAAUGUCCAUGAUUGACAUGUCUGUCAGAACUCUUCUUUGUUGGCAUGCUCUAUGUAAUUCAUUGGAGCUAUUUCUUUGUACGUAAGAUACACACUGUAUAUAAAUACAGGUUUGAACAGACAGUGUUGGGGCUCCUAUAUACAGUAAACUUAUCCCGCAAAGAGAUCCUUCCAUGGGAUUCUUUAGUUCUGUCCCUGAUUCUUCAGUUCAGUACUAGUCAAAUGUAGUGGUUGAAUCUCCUCUCUGUGUAUAUGACUGUUUGCAGUGUUUGCUUGCAUUGAGAAUCUCUGGAAUAGACCUCAAGGGAACAUUAAGAGAAAGUAUGGGUCUUAUUCACCGUUCAGUGAUGUACUUGGAGGUAAGGAAUCCCUGUAGCUUCUGUAAAGAUGAUAAAAACACUGUACAGAACUUCCUCACAAAAGAAAAUAACAUCAACGGCAACCCUCUUAUUUAAUGUCCUGUGUCUGCUGUUGAGAGUGGUUGUGGACCUGACUGCCUGUGUAGAUUACUGACUUGUGUGUAGUUUCCACACUGACACUGAAAGACUUUCCAGAGGAUAUAUUGAAAACAGUAUGGAGAAAGUACAAUAUUAGCCACAUUGAGCAGACAUGCAGUGCCCCCAUUAGACAUGCAUACAGCCUUAUCAGAAUUAAAAGGGUUUUCUAUA